AUGUCCUGCAAGACACUAUCCCGCGCAGGUUGGGCCUCUCCCGCUCUCUCUUCCCGUACGAGGUGGCUCUAUCUAAGAACAUCCGCUAGCCAAGUCAAAGACCUCCUCGACAGAUGGUCUGCUCUUCGACAACAAGAGGAGUCGAUAAGCGCCCAAGAGUCUGAGCCCGAGCCUGGCGGUCCUGACCCUGAGUCGUCCUCGUGGCCGCCACCGCCUCAGAUAUUGCAGAAGCUCGACUACGAUGCACAUUUCCCUGCACCGUACAAUGACGACAAUGCCACCAUCUUCUUCGGCUCGUCGUCCGCACAAGUCCUCUCUACCGAAGUCUUAGCAGUCGUCUGUCCGCAGUCGCCUUUGCUGCAACAGCCUCCUCGGCAAUCAGAACGGUCCAGCUCGAUGCAAGAGUACAGUCCAUACUUUGGAAACGAGCCAUCCAACAUUGUUCCGACCAAGGCGCUCAUCCUUCGACUGCUCGACAUCUACGCCAGGUCGUGCAUGGGUUUCUGGCCCUUUCACCUUGACUGUCUGGGGGACGAUGACAUUGACGUUUUCUUUCAAUCGACGCAGGGACAGGUGCCCCAUUCUCAGGCGUACACAAAGAGUGAAGCCCAUUCAAACUUUCAGAUUGGCAUGAUGUGCUGCAUCGCCUCUGCCCACAGCUCCCGCGUCGAAGCUACGAUGAGAGCGUACGAACAAUUCUUCUACAGCUUCGCUUCCAAACUGACCAAGGAAGUCCUCUCUGAAGCCAGCCAUGACUCACUCAGAAGCCUGAUGCUGCUCGUCGUCUAUCUCCUCUUCCGGCCCCAGAAUGGAGAUCUGUGGCUUCAAUUGGAGUCUGCCUGCCGGUUGGCCAUUGAGCUGGGGUAUCACAGGGAGAACGCCCCUUUCACAGAGACACCUGUCCAGCGGGCACAGAGAGGUGAUACUUUCUGGACCCUGUACCGCCUGGAGCAUAGUGUUGCUGAGAUAUAUGGACGGCCUUCUGACGAUUUGGAGUCUAUCAGUACGAUUGAAAUUUCCCAUGUGACCGCAACUUUGACAACGUCGCCGACGCAGUCGAGACUUCUACCUUCAGCAAACCUCGCUUCUUCACUGGCCAAGUUGAGCCGCAUCCGCUCCUACAUCUUCAAGACUAUUUACCUACCAGCCCGCAGUGCACCAAUCUUCAUCGACGAUCCUUACUACCGAACGCAACUGCACGAGAUCGAGCAAUGGCGUCAGGAAGCCACAGCUGGUGUCACCGACCCUCUCGCCAGUGUGGCGUGCACAAUUGCCUAUAAUACAUCAGUCAUAUUUCUUUUGCAAAAGUCCCUGCUCCAAGUGCUGUCCCGUCUGGCAGAGCCGGUAAUGGAUACUCCAACGUUGGUCGGGGCCAUAGCUGUGCAAAGCUUCGAAUCGGCGGUUGAGCUGAUAAGCUGCUAUGAGGAUUUAAUUCUUUCAGAGGGGUCUUUGCCACUAGCGGACUUCCCAGUAACCUUCAUCUCGGCACAGGAGGUAUCUUUAGCGGCUUUGACGUUCGUCUCAUGGCUCUUUUGUUCCCUCGACGGGCGUGUCAAACAGGAAGACCUCGCAGUUGGGGAAGGCAAGACCCUUAUGCAGCGAUCUUGGGUUUGUCGUGAUGGCAGUCUGUCGAUCAAGGGACAAGGACGACGAUUACAACAUCUAUCAGCAUCAUGCCUCUCUCUGCUCACGUGGUACGCGAUACAAUGGCCAGGGAUGGACGGAAUGGUUGAGAUCUACAGAGAAAUCUCCGCCGAGGUCUUUCAUGAAGCAGCUGCGAGAGGUCUUGCAUGA